AUGAGGUCCAUUGAGAAAUUGGAGAAGCAGAGUCGGCAGUGGGCGGACAGAACCGUUCCUGUGGCCUACGACGACCGCGGGCCCAGCCUGCACUGUCUAACUCUCGAGGGCGAGCAGGGUAUCAACCAGGCCGUCGAGCGCCUCAAUGCGCUGCCCGGCAUAAACGGCCGCGCCGUCGGUCUGGCCGCCAACGUGGGCGACUCCGACGCCAUUGUGAAGCUGGUCGCCCAGGUCAAGGACCUGGUUGGUUCGCGCGGCCUCAACAUCCUGGUGUGCAAUGCGGGUGCCUCGUGGGGUUCGCGCUUCGAGGACGCGCCGCCGCACUCGUCCGUCAAAAUUUUGGACCUGAACGUGCGCGGCAUCUUUGAGCUUGUCCAGAAGAGUCUGCCGCUGCUUGAGGGCCGCGCAACGCUCGAGGACCCCGGCCGCGUCAUUAUCAUCAGCUCGACGGCCGGCUCCAACGUGCCGCACGUGGGCGCCACCGGCACCAUCAUGUACUCGGUGUCCAAGGCGGCGGCCAACCAUCUGGGCCGCAACCUGGCCGUUGAGCUUGGCCCGCGCCACAUCACGUCCAAUGUCAUUGCGCCCGGUUUCUUCCCGUCGAAACUGGCCCAGGGCCUGAUCAAGAACCUGGGCGGCGAGGAGGAGCUGAGCAAAGACAACCCACUGGGCCGUUUGGGCAUCCCGGAGGACAUUGCCGGCCUGGCCGUGUUCCUGUCGUCGGCUGCAGGCCGCUACGUCAACGGCGAGGACAUCUCCGUCGACGGCGGCGCACGGUUAUCAGCCGGCCGUCUGGCGAAGCUGUAA